AUGAUCGCGCGCUUCCAGGCAAUCCUCGCGGAGGAAAAGGCCAGGAGAGAGCGUAACGUGAUCACCCGUGCCUACAGCCGGGUGAAGCGCGUGUAUGAGCACAUGAUCUUCGGCCUGGGCAUCUACAUGCUGGAGCCCUGGGAGAUGGCGAUGGUCUGGAUCAGCCUCCUGGUCAUGUUCUGCCUGGUCUGCUCGGCCAUUCUGCACAUCCUCCAGAACCUCGGGGCGGUGACCCUCGAUACCCCGGCGCCCUGGACCCUCCUGAAGAGGGCGCUCCACCUCGUGCCCGUCACCAGCCACUCGUGA